GUUUCUUUAAGUGCGUGUGUGGAGUUUUCCUGCACAGGGUGAUAGGAGGGGUUGGAGAGUGACGCUGGCUGCGCUUUGGUGCUGAGCGGAGCGCUCACCUGCAGAUGAGAGAGCUGGGGAAACUCGAGGCAGAGCUGCAGCACACUCACAGAGCACACGGAGGGACGUAACGAACAAUCUGACCAAGAAAGGGGGGGAAUUACACAAUUUUUGGAGAAGAAUUACGAAUCGACCCUCUUUCUGGUUCCUCGUCCAGGCAGCCCUGGCUCGCUUGCUCGCCACGAUGAGAACAGACUUCGCUCUGGUCCUGACAGCAGCCCUUCUUCUUGACACAUUCUGGAGGAAUAAUGGGGAGCAUGCUUCCAGUGGUCCCUGCCAAGCUGGCUUCUCACAAAGCUUCUACUCUGUGCUGAUUUCGAGGGAUGUACUGCAAGGCCAGGGCAUACUUAAAGAUACCCCAGUGUCAUCACAAAAAGUGAAGUUUGAUGACUGCAUGGGGAAUGAAGCAGUGGUUUUCCAGAGCAGUGACCCUAUCUUCAGCGUGCGGACAGAUGGGUCCAUAUUUGCCCGGGGAGAGGGAGCCAGCCUGGACGAACCAGUCCAGUUUAAACUGACAGCAAGUGGUCCACACACACAUGUCUGGGAGACUGUGAUCCAACUGGCACUAAUUGACCCACUUUCAUCUCAACAAAAUGAAAAUGAGGUCACAAAGGAAGAGCGGAAAGUCACUGAGAGAAAAGAGAAGAAGGAGUUCCAAGCACCACCUCCUGUCAUCAUGUUCUCAGGGUCCGGCCUGAACAGCUCCAAGGGUCUACGGAGACAGAAGAGGGACUGGGUGAUCCCACCAAUCAACGUGGCGGAAAAUUCUCGAGGACCGUUCCCUCAGAUGCUCGUCAGUAUUCGUUCAGACCAGGACAAGGACAUCUCGAUCCGAUACAGCAUCACUGGGGUGGGAGCAGAUCAACCACCCAAUGAAGUGUUCAAUAUAGACCCCGUGCUUGGAAAGAUGUUCGUCACCAAACCUCUUGAUAGAGAACGUCGCUCUUCUUACCAUUUGCGAGCACAUGCUGUGGACAUGAAUGGGAACCAAGUUGAGAACCCCAUCGAUCUGUACAUCUUCGUCAUAGACAUGAAUGACAACAGACCCGAGUUCAAAAACCAGGUCUACAAUGGCUCUGUGGAUGAAGGCUCUAAACCAGGAACGUAUGUGAUGCACCUGUCAGCGUUCGAUGCUGAUGACAACACCACAGCUAAUGGAAUGGUGCGCUAUCGAAUCCUGUCCCAGACGCCGCACAGCCCCAUCCCUAACAUGUUCACCAUCAACAGUGAGACUGGAGAUAUUGUGACCGUGGCGCCUGGUCUUGAUCGAGAGAAAGUGUCCCAGUAUACCAUCAUCGUGCAGGCCACGGACAUGGAGGGCAACCUGAACUUUGGUCUUUCUAACACAGCCACUGCCAUCAUCACUGUCACGGACAUCAAUGACAACCCUCCCAUGCUGACCUCCAGAACUUUUUCCGGUGAGGUACCAGAGAACCGAGUGGAUGUUGUUGUGGCUAAUCUGACGGUGAUAGACGCUGACCAACCACACUCGCCUAACUGGAAUGCCAUCUACAGGAUCAUCAGCGGAGACCCAUCUGGGCACUUCACCAUCCGCACUGACCCUGUCACCAAUGACGGCAUGGUAACCGUUGUGAAGCCAGUAGACUUUGAGAUGAACCGUGCCUUCAUGCUGACGGUAGUGGUGUCCAACCAGGCCCACCUAGCCAGUGGAAUCCAGUCUUCGCUCCAGUCCACAGCUGGGGUCACCAUAUCUGUCCAGGACGUCAACGAAGCCCCUUACUUCCCCACGAACCCGAAACACAUCCGCUUUGAGGAGGGUGUACCUGCUGGCACCAGCCUGACGACCUUCUCAGCCUCAGAUCCCGACCGACUACAGAUGCAGCAGACAAUCAGGUAUUCAAAGCUGAACGACCCUGCAGACUGGUUGUCCAUCAACAGAACCAAUGGUCAGAUCGUAACCACAGCAAUGCUCGACCGGGAAUCUGUCUAUGUUAAAAACAAUAUAUAUGAAGCCACAUUCCUGGCAACAGACAAUGGCUCUCCUCCAGCCAGCGGCACAGGCACACUGCAGAUCUAUCUGAUAGAUAUUAAUGACAACCCCCCAGCGCUUAUACCCAGGGAGUCUCAGAUAUGUGAGCGGAUAAACAAGAACGUCCACGGUGUCAACAUCACUGCCGCUGACGCAGACACAGACCCCAACGCUGGACCCUUUGUCUUUGAGCUACCCAGCCUUCCUGCGAGCAUCCGACGCAACUGGACGAUUUCUCGGAUCAGUGGUGAUUACGCUCGUCUAGGGCUGCGGUACCAGAUUUACUUAGAGCCGGGGGUGUAUGAGGUCCCUAUAAUUGUGUCGGACUCGGGGAACCCACCAUUGUCCAACAGGUCAGUCAUCAAAGUGAAGGUGUGUCCAUGUGAUGAAAACGGAGACUGCACCACUCUCGGGGCCGUGGCAGCUGCUGGCCUGGGAACAGGAGCCAUUAUCUCCAUCCUCAUCUGCAUCAUCAUACUGCUCAGUAUGGUGCUGUUGUUUGUGGUGUGGAUCAAGCGCAGAGAGAAGGAGAGGCAGACCAAGCAGCUGCUUAUUGACCCUGAAGACGAUGUCAGAGACAACAUCCUCAAAUAUGAUGAAGAGGGAGGAGGAGAAGAGGACCAGGACUACGACCUGAGCCAACUGCAGCAGCCUGACUCUUUGGAGCACAUCAUCAGCAAGCCGCCUGGUGUCCGCAGAGUAGAUGAACGUCCCAUCAUCCCUGAGUCCCAGUACCCAAUCAGACCUGUCGUGCCGCAUCCUGGAGAUAUCGGGGACUUCAUCCACGAGGGUCUGAGAGCAGCAGACAAUGACCCCACAGCUCCUCCAUAUGACUCCCUGCUGGUGUUUGAUUAUGAGGGCAGCGGCUCUACUGCCGGCUCUGUCAGCUCCCUCAACUCCUCCAGCACGGGGGACCAGGACUAUGACUACCUCAACGACUGGGGCCCCCGCUUCAAGAAGCUGGCCGAUAUGUACGGGGGAGGGGAUGAGGAUUAAAUCUGCCCAGUCACACAUGCACACACACACACCCUCGUCCCGUCAGCUGGCCUGCCAUGCUCUGUCCCUCUAACACAUGGGGCUAUUACACCCUUAUUGAACACACGUUAACAAUGACAUGUUCCCACUGUCCAACUACUGACCAACCAACCAACCAAUCAACCCACCACAGAGGACCAGUGCCAUGAGUCAGUUUCAGGUGCUCUUCUCAACCGUCUCCUGCUCUAAGCCUGUCUACGACUGAAACGGAUAUAUUACGGACUUAUAGUUUGUAUUUUCAAACUCUUUUGCUUUUGUUCCAUUUCAGGUUUUAUGCUAGAUGUAGAAUUUAGUCAAAUUUAGUUUUCCUCUAGUUUCUGUAGCUUUUUUUUUUGUCCCCACUCCCCUUCAAUUCGAGCCAUUCCCUAUUCCUGAGGGGUUUCACUUUUCCCUCGCUGUCAGCCCCUGCCUGCCUCUCUGCAGAAGCUUUAGGUUGAGCUGCUUGCUUUGUCUGAGGGGAACAAAAGGGAAAAAAAGAAGAACACAGAUAUGAAAGUCCUUCGUGCACGGAGGGCCCUGGUUUAUUCUUUCUUGAACUUGAAUUACUUAGAACAGAAGCACUGUUGUUUAAAAAGUGCCUUCAGUGGUGCGUAUUUUAGCAGGCUCCCGCUAACUCAGGAUUGGUUGCCAUUUUCUGGGCUUACAUGCCCCCAUAUGACCCCUGACCCUUUAACUCAGACGUUCCCUUAUCAUUUCUAUCGUCCUGCAGGGCUGUGGUAGCUGCAGGAGAUGUCAGUGCUGGUUUCAGAGGAGCAUUGACUGGCUUACGAGGGCGCUUUAUGUAGACGUACUGUACAUAGGCCUACAGUGUGUCUGUAAGUUAUGGACAAAUCAUAAACUUUUCAAGUCAGGCAUAUCUGUGCUCCUAGAUCACAGCCAACUUGAAUGUGAUUACUGAAAUUACAAAAUACAUUAUGGGACUGUCUUAGAGAAGAAAUGCAUUGCGUGUCUUUUUUUAUUGUGGCUUCAAUAGCAGCUGUGUUUGUUUUGAGCUCUCAGUAUUUGCACCUGAAAGGGUUGUUACUACAUUUUGAAGAUUGACAAGUCAUGUGUGUUACCUCUAUAAUGUUACUGUAUAUGAAGUACAUAUGAGGGUUAUUUAAGGAGACUUUGUCUUUAAGAUCAUUUAAGGUUUGCAUGUAUCCCUUCACUCAAAGGUAAUUAACAUGGCACCAGUUAUUGUGUGGUAAAUGUGUCAAAGAAAACCAUAUAAACUGUACAAACACGAGGGGAAAAAAAACACAGGAUUACUUCAAAUAGCUCAGAUAGUGUUACAUACUGAGUUGUGAGCUUGUACAAGUCCCUUUCUCUCUUUAUUUUUUUCCUUUUGUUGAUUCACUGUUGUUUCUCAGCAAGCAAACUUUUAGUAUACAAACUUUGGUGCUGGUCCCUGUCACAGCGACUGGGGGUAUUCAGCCUCAACCAGGGAUUUAGCGCCUUCACAAUCUGUCUCUCUUCAGGCAGCAUUUCAUUCAUCUGAAAUUUUCUCCUAAAAUUUUUUGGCUGCAAGUUCAAGAGGUUUUGAAAAGAAGUUAGAGGAAGGGAAAGUCUGUUAUGAAGUUGUGCAUUUUAUCAAAGCAGACGUGCAAAACUAAAGCUUCAGUAAUAGCGCUUUAAAAGACAUUUUGAAAGACAGUUUUGUUGUAAGUUAAUGAAAAAGCAGCUCUACCCAUGGGCUUUUGUGAUCAUAUUUCGGGGCCCCUGCAUGUAGAGAACUGGGGAAGAAAGAGCUUUAGUCUUUGUAUUAAAUUAUUUAAAUAUGCAAAACAUUUCACAGAGGGACCAGGGAGAUGCUGGUGAAUGAUAGAAAGGUUUAAUCAUUCCUUAUCUUCUGAGUACCCAUUGAAACACUCCUCGCAGUUUCAACUUGAUGUGGACUGACCAGAUUUUCUAUUAAUUAUGAAUAUGAUGAAUGCUUGGAGGAAAUCUCAGAAACGACAGUGUUCUUCAGAUAAUGUAACGAGAAGGAUACUCCAAUCCCCUUUUUUCUGCUGCUGCUUUUCAACUGUUUAUCACCUGCUCGUGGUUCAUAUGAAUAUCUGAAGGUAAAAACAAUCUUUAGUUUUCAGAAAUGGUAAUAAAAACUGUAACUAUAGUUUCAGAGUGGACGAAAAAUAAUUAUCUUGUGAAGAUAUAAAUAGAAAAUUUUGCCUGUUAGUGCAAAUAUUCAUCAUGCCAUAACAAAGAAAUAUGUGUGAGAGUUUUAUUUGACUAUAAACCAGGAAAGGUCAUAGUAUAAUUAAAAAGGUAAACAGGGUAGGAAUCUCUUGAUUUACAUUAAUAGACAAACUGGUGCAAAUUGCACCUUGCGGUGUAGAAACUGAUAGUUUCAGGAUAGCUGUCAGCUUAGAGCGGAAACACAGUAAACAUCAGAGAAGGAGUUGUUUCCACAACUUGCUGCUGGAUAAGCUCUUUUCUAUCCGACUGCUCUUCAGCCUACAGAAUAUCUUCACAAAAUAAACACAGCUGUUACUUUCUGCUAUUUGUGAUUAUUUCUGACAUAUAAAUGUUGUAUAUUCAGACCAUUUUUAUACAUUUGGUAACAUGACUUAUCUGUUUCUGUGUGGUCUUUGCAUUUUCUUUCACUCCAGUUGUGUUUAAAAUGAAAUACUUGGCAAUGUAUAUUUCACCACAAAAAGCCAUGUGCAUUUAAGAGAAUCUGUAUGAUUCAGCUUACAGCCAUACUCGUGUCGCUGUCAAGUUUAGCUUCAUCAUGGUGAAACGGUUCCACUUGUACAGUCUAUCCUAGCACACACUCACUCCUCUAGGCCUUAUUGUAUAUAUGUGAGUGUUCCAUAUUAUAUGAACCCUUUCAGCAUUGCUCUAAUUCAGCUGUGGAGCUCCAACAUUACCGAUGGCCAUCCUGCAAAAUAAACACAUGCUUAGUGAAAUGCUUGUGCUCGCUAAUAAGACGUUCAGACCAGAUUCAGGGCCUAACAGGAGACAGGAGGCCACCUCACACACACACACACACAAUUUACACAAGGUAACUGACCUUUAUAACUGUGUCAUACAUACAUACAUGACACAAUGCCAUUAUGAUGCUGAAUGUUAUCUACGACUCGCAAUGACACGUGGCAGCAAAUCAUCAGUGCAGUCGGUCAAAGUUGGCACCCCCAUUUAAAUGCAAUUUGUGAGGGGAAAUUAAGAAAGAUUGAUCAUUACUUGUUACAUACUUGGUCAACUUGUCUUAUUGACGUUCCCUUGCUAAAGUGAGGGGAGUAUUAGCAAAUGAUAGAAUGAAGGAAGAACUAUUACACUGCUGUAGUCGAACCAUGUCUUCUGGCUGUGUCAACAACAGCUAUUCUGCCUCUCUGACUGGUGUUAGUUAAAGGACACUUAGUCUCACACGGGACACUGCCUGAAGAUGGACACACACAUGACGGGAGGCUCCAGCUGAAGCCAGACUUUUGCUCUGCUAUGGCCAGAACUACAAAGACAUGCCGCAGUGUUUCAAACAAGUUCUCCCAAUACUGCUCAAGUCCAAGUGUACAUAAUGUAGUAUUUGCUUUCAGCUAAACAGACCAAGUUAGGCAAAAUGUAACUGUACAAUUGGAGCUUUUUGCAUGUGUCUUUUUAUAAUGGACAGAUGAGUUCUAUUACAGUAACCAUACAACAUUUUAAAAUGUGUCGCAGCCCGCAUGACCGAGGUUGCAGUUCAGAAGGGAUUCUGGUGUACCAUACUCACGUAGUUUCAAACGGAGGAGAAAAAAAGCUGAAAAAAUAAUUGCACAGUUAUCAAGUCAAAAGACUUUUUUGUAAAUUGUCAACAGCACAAAUAUUUUGUAUUGUUGUUUGUACCAUUUUAUAAGAAAAUUAAGAAAAAAAAAAAAAGGGAAAGAAUCUGUUGUUUCAAGCGUGUGUUUAUAGUGCCACUGCAAUCUUGGUUUCCAAAUACCGUACAGUAAAUGCGCAGCCUUGCAGAUCAACCUUGUAAUAUAGACGCUGAGCUGGAGACUCCCUGUCAGCACCAUGUGUUAUAAAUAAAAUUUCCCCUCCUUAUAA